AAGGAGGCGACGGACGAACUGCUGUUUCUUUAGUAGACCAAGAAAGAGAAAAAAAGAGUUUCAAAGAAAAAUGGAUCCGAGCAUGAUGGCUGGACUCGAUGGUCUUGGUGCAGAAGACCAAGCGAAAAUGGCCUCCAUGAUCGAUCAGCUUCAGCUACGUGAUAGUUUGAGGAUGUACAAUUCGCUGGUGGAGAGGUGUUUCGUGGACUGUGUAGAUUCGUUUACGCGCAAGACUCUGCAGAAACAAGAGGAGACUUGUGUCUUACGGUGCGCCGAGAAGUUCCUCAAGCACACGAUGCGUGUAGGUCAGCGUUUUGGUGAGCUCAAUCAGAACGCACCAACUCAAGACUGAAGUCUCUCUACUUGUGUUGGUUUUGUUUUUUUUUUAGUCCGGUUUAUGUGUUGGAUCCCUGAAUAAACCGGUUUUUUAGUGGUUCAGACAACUGCUCAAUACUCUGUUCUUUGAGAAUGAUACUCGUGUAUUUUGAAGUUAUUUUGCGUCUGAUUUUUAAUAUUGGAUAUGAUUUGUAUUUCAGAAGGGUCUAUGAAUAAUCAUUUCAUAUCGGUA